CGGAAGCCGCGAGGAGCCUUUAGGCUGGAGUGCUGUGACGCGAUCUCGGCCCACUGCAACCUCCGACUCCCGGACUCAGGUCAUCUUCCCACCCCAGCAUCCAGACAAGCUGGGACUACAGCUGCAGCUGUCACCUCCACCUCCUCUGGGAAGCCUUCCCUGAACUUCCACUGGGUCAGAGGCCUCUUCUGGGACCCAGGGCUGCCGUCUCUUUCCCUCCAGCAAGACUGUGAGACCCUCAAUGUCGUCUGCACCUCAAAUGCACCCUCCUAACAGUGCAUACGGUCAACAGGAUUAUUCACUCACUCUACAAUUCAUGUAGUCUGUUCUCUAUGGUGGACUCUGUGUUAGGCACUAAGGAUUUAGUGGUGAACAAGACCAAGAUGUGGACCCUGCCCUACUGGAGCCCACAAUGUGAUUGGGAAGAUAGAAAGUUAACAACAAUGAUGUCCAGCAAGGUGGCCAUCAGUGGUGACAUUGGGCAGGCCCGCCAGGCAGUGGAGCAGCUCCGGAUGAAGGUGGGCAUCGACCGAGUGAAGGUGAGGGUCGGGGCCAGUACAGGAGGUGGGAAGAGGUGGAAACACAUGGGCCAGGAGACAGGUACAUGCCUGUGUCUGGUCUGACUGACCCAGUUGGUCUGCAGGUGUCCAAUGGCCGCCGAUCUGCUGCAGUUCUGCACAGAGCAGGCCAAGAGCGACCCCUUCCUUGUAGGCAUCCUGGCCGCCACCAACCCCUUCAAGGAAAAGAAGCCCUGUGCCAUCCUAUGAACCCAGGACAAUGCCACCCUGUGGCCUGGGCAAACCAGGGGACCUCAAUAAACAUGAAGUGAAUACUUCUCAGGGUAUGGCUGAGCCCGGCUGAGAUGGGAGACCAGAGGGACUUUGGGCUUGCAGGGGCCAGGUGCACACCUAGCCCAGCCUCCCUCCCUGGCCUGACCCCGGGGUCACAGCCACAGCAGCACACACAGACCCUAGAGCCCUAGACAGAGAACAUGCCAUCCCCCUUGCCCUCCCCAGCACCCAUGGGAUAGCCUGAGCAGUUACCCUUUCAAAUGGCCAGGAUUUGAGUCAUAAUCUACACACCACACACAUCACACAUCACACACACACACACACAAGUGACAUCAUAGACACAGGUGACCAUGAUCCCCAGGAAUCUCCUUCAAAUAAACACACAGCAACAGCUGACACGCACCCCCCAGCCCAGACUUUCUAUCUCUCCCAG